GUCGGCCAUGACGGUUUGACAGCGGCCAUCUUGGAAAAAUACUUGCAAUUUUAUAAAUUGAGUUUUUUUUUUGUGCUGUGGCUGGACAGUGAUUAAGUUUGAAAUAUAUAUAUUUUUAUAGACUAUUUAAUCGCAAAAUAUUCACAAAUUGACGCAAAAUAUUUGUAAUAAAUAGGAGAAAAAAAAUAUACUUAAAAAAUUAAGAAAAGCGUGGUUUUUAAUAAUCAAUUUUAUUAAUUAGUUUACAAAAACUUAAAUUAAUAUUUAGUUAUAUAAUUUGGGACAGAGAUGGCAAGAAAAACAUUAUGUCGAAAACUGUUAGUGCCGAUUAUGAUGGUGCUAUUGUGCGUUCAAGUUAAUGGAAAAGCUUCGGAGGAAAGUGUGGAAGUUAAGACAACUAAUAAGAAUGACGUGUCGGGGCUCCUGUUCGCGGACGAGCUGAAGCAAAUCAUCGAGAGAUACAUGUUCGGCAUCUGCCCGCAGCCUUACAAGUUGCGUUGGUCGCAGAUGGUGGGGCAGGGCAAGAAGAACAUCACUGCCAGCGGCUGCGACCUGGACGUGGACCAGCACGACCUGGCCGCCAGGUUGGCAACACUAGCGCUGCGCGCGCACUCCGCAGCGCGAGCGGACUGCACGCGGUUCGGCGCGGCGCUCGCCAGCACGCUCGGUGAGCUUGCUCGGAGCGCCUCCAAUAGAAACGUGCUGGCAGCUGCAGUAGCGAGUGAAAACAAGAAGCGUAAGCUAUCGAAGAGUCAGAAGAAGCAGAUCGCAGCGAAGCAGCGCACCGCGCUCGCCGUCAAGAAGAAGGCGGCCGCUGUGGCUGCCGCCAACGCUGCCAAGAUGGCCGCCGGCGCUACUUCGUCCAUUAACCAUUAAUAACAUCUUAUUUAUCCCUUAUGCCUACUUUUUAUCCUUACUGGGUGACCUGUUCUUUUGGAUUUUAAAGAAAACCAAAAAGCAAGCUGUUACAUAUCUUUAUUCGAAGACCAUUUUCAGACUAACAUAGAGUACAGAUACAUAGAGACAUUAACUAUAACUACAGAUCAUAAACUUCAGAGUAAUGAAGCUGUCGGACAUUACACAAGCAUUAUGCGCCUCGUUCUUUCUGUACUCUAAAUUAUACCUAUUUAGGGACUUCUAGAAUCAAUUAUUACGAAACAUAAGUAACUACAAACUUUGAAUAAGUAACUACCUAGCUAAAAAAAAAAUCUAUAAUAAUUCGGUAGCUAGCUCGAUAGAAGCGAAUGAAAACAAGAAGCGUAAGCUAUCGAAGAGUCAGAAGAAGUAGAUCGCAGCGAAGCAGCGCACCGCGCUCGCCGUCAAGAAGAAGGCGGCCGCUGUGGCUGCCGCCGUAGCUGCCAAGAUGGCCGCCGGCGCUACCUCGUCUAUUUAAUCAUUAAUAACAUCUUAUGCCUACUUUUAAUACCUACAGUUAACCCGUCCUUUCGAUUUGAGGUUUUUCCAUUCCGUAAAACCUGCAUCAAUCAUUAUUACAAUCGCAAUCGUUGUGAUUGGCUGAAUUUAUGGUAUUCUUGUUGCAACAAUGCAUUGUAGCCAAUAGCGAGCGAGCGUCAACCAAUCAGAGUUGAUUUCGAUCGUGACAUUGUAAUUGUCAUUCUACCGCAAUAGAGCCGCCAGUUUUAUAUUCUCUUUCUCUAUCAUAAUGUUAUGAUUUUUUGUAAACUAAAUUAAAAGACAAUUAAUUUUCAAUACCACUCUUAAUAAUAAUUUACUAACUUUAGUUCAUAACUAACAUGUAAAUUAUCCAUGUUUCAUUAAAAAAAUUACUUAGGUACUUAGGUAGGGUCUCUAUUUUAAUGACUAAAAUAAAAAUUAUAAAAUAUCUAAUAAUCACUUCA